UUUAAAUGUAAUUAUGCAUAGCGAAAACACGAUGCCACAAAUCUUUUUCAAUCACACCCAGUUCCCACUUUGACAAAAAUGACAAUAUACGUCGAAAUCGGUCCAGAUGUCUAAACGCAAAAGACAGUUCUUUGCAUGAAAUAGACUCCGAAAGUACUGAACUGAUUUAAAAAUACACUGUUGGGAAGCCUUACAACGACGUGCUUUGUGAACUUAGAUUGAGCUUUUACCGUCUUAAUAGCAUUCUCCAGUUUUAUCCAUAAGUUUCUUGGCAACAAAAAUAUUUUUGACUCGUGACAGUGACAUAAAUGAGCAUGACAGACAGUCAUUGUGUCACACACGUCAAAAGCUCUAAAAAUUACAUGCUGCAUGCGUGUGUUAUUGUUCUAAUUGUUCAGCAAAUUGUUGUUACAAAGUGUACUGUAAAUGCCCAGUUAGGUACUUUUACAACUCAUAAUAGCAUUAAAUACAUAACUUGAAUGCUAAAGAUAAUACUGAUAGUACAUUACUUUCCUUCUGGGCCUAGCCAUAUAGUUCUAAAAAUGGCAAGUGAAGAACAUAAAUUGCUUUCCCAGUACAUAAAAGAUGUUCAUUUAUCACUGCGCAAAUCAACUUUGAAACUAGGAGCUGAUGCUGCAUGGCAGAAACAUUGCAGCAACGAAGAAGAGUUAACAAAAUACGCACAAUGUAUGAAAAAACUUGCGACUACACACUGGGAAAGUAAUUGUAACAGUGAUGCAAGUGAGGCCACUUCACGAAUAACAUGGGUGGUUGAAUUCUGUACCGAUUAUUUCAAUAACAGUACUCACAUCAAAUAUAGAGAAAAAGAGUUAAAUAUAUCAGAGAAGAUGGGUUUACAACUGGAUAUUGAAGAAUCAUUUUCUAAUCCUUUAAAGUUGCUAGAUAUUGGCAGCUGUUAUAAUCCAUUCAGAAUAUAUGACGAUUUUGAUGUAUUAGCUAUUGAUCUAUGCCCUGCUAACACUUCAGUAAUGCAAUGUGACUUUCUCAAUGUGAACAUAGGUCCUUGCAAUAUGACAGAUGGGUCAAUGGUAACUGAACUGCAGGAAAACUCAUUUGAUGUUGUUACAUUUUGCUUUGUCUUAGAAUACAUACCUUCAUCUGAAUUAAGAAUAUUAGCAUGUCAGAAUGCUUAUAAAUUGUUAAAACCUGGUGGACUUUUAAUAAUUAACACGCCUGAUUCCAAACACGUUGGGGCAAACAGCAAGAUCAUUAAAUGCUGGAGGUAUACUCUAGCUCAUAUUGGAUUUAAUAGAAUAAAGUAUGAAAAAGCAAAGUACAUGCACUGCAUGGCAUUUAGAAAGUCUUUGCAUAGAGAAAUAGCUAUGCGCUGGGCAUUAUUGUACAAAGAACCUUAUAUGAAAUAUGCUAUGCACAUACCACAAGAUUUCACAGUUUCAGAUGAUUUGUUAACUGAACCUAUAGACAAAGAAACUUUGGUAGACGACUUUCAGGAACUACCAUUUAGUGAUCUUUCAUGAAAAUAAAUAAAUAAAGCAUAAAAGUA